AUGCCGGAAGCAUCCGAUGCCGGCCCCAGCUCUGAUGCGCUGCCACCGCAACAGACUUCCUCAUUGUCAUCAUCCGCCAUGCCACGCAGACGAUCCUCAGGAACUCGUGCUGGACGCUCACGACCCAUCCGACCACGCGCCACCUCUUCUUUCAGUCAGCGUUCAGAUACAAGCAACAUCAGUAGUGGCAUCCAGCAGCUCUCAUGGAUCACAGGCGACUGCUUCGACUAUGUAGACGACGAUGCGCGCAUCAGUGCCUUCUUGCACUGUCCGAUAUGCCUCGGUCCCUUUCUCGAACCAUAUGCCUCGGCCGUAUGCUCGCAUACCUUUUGUAAGCAGUGUAUCACUACUGCUCUGUCAAAACAGCAGCAACUGGAACAGGAAGGCGACAUGUCGGCAGUCAUAUCGAUGAAAAGGUGUCCAACUUGUAGAACCUCAGUCGAGCUCGAUGAUUUUCAACCUACGGCGCUGCUCAUCAAAAACAUGGUCGAUACGCUUCGAGUACGAUGUCCAAACAAGGACAAGGGAUGUCAGCAUGAAUGCGAACGCCACCUACUUCGCGGACAUGUUGCUUCUGAGUGUGCUUUCGAGUAUGUAGACCAAAACCUUAUCGAGGGGAAACGAUGCGGUUGCUCCGCCAAAGUGAUGCGUAAGGACUGGGCUUCUCAUGGUCUCAGCUGUCCUAAGCGCAAAGUCACCUGUGCGACCUGCGACAUGGAACUGUGCUUCGACGAGCUGCAAGCACACUCUGAAACCUGUUCGCCCGAGCCAGCCGUGUGCGAGUUUUGUCAUAUUCAGAGCACCAAGAGUCGCUUGGCGCUUCACGUCACUGAUGACUGUCUAGAAGCUCCGAUCCUCUGCCCACAUGCCGAGUUUGGCUGUGCUUGGCUCGGUCCACGCCAUCGGCUCUCACGAAGCGCCGAUACAGCUUGCAAAAGCAGCGAGAAAACGCAUCUUGAAGACGAGUGUCGUUUUGAACCUCUCAAAGAAUUCUUCGUCAUCUUUAGCCACCAUAUCGCCAAACUAAAAGAUGAAAACACCGCUCUCAAAGCAAGGAUCGACGAGGUACAGAGCAGACAAUACGGCCAAGCUAGACGAAUCGAUGACUGUGUGCAUAGCUUGGGAAGUUGGUACCGGUCUGCGGGCGAACUUCGUCAGGGAACUGCCAUGGAAGAGCGCGCAAGAGGGUCUCAACUUGGAGUGGAUGGAGAGUGGGACGAGUUUCCGUUGGAUGCUCAGAACUGGGAAAGAUCUCUGAGUCAACAGAGCUUCGGAACGAGGCAGGCCAGGACGCAGAGUGCUUCAGCCGUGUCCAGCAUGGAUCUGGCGAUGUGGGCGAGGAGGCAGUAUAGUGACCUGUCGACCGAGUUGUUGGGUCAAGCGAGGUCAUCUUUGCAGACGCCGGGUGUCGCGCGAUCGAGCAUGGCAGUCGGAAUGGACGAUGGAGUGAACUCACGAUACUUGGCCCCACCGGCAGCUCGGUCAAUGCCUACAACAUCUGGGAUGGAUACUGGUCGUGCUUCGCAUACGCCUUCGCCAACAAGGGAGCGCUUGCGGUUUAUGGGCAUUGCGGAAACGUCUUUCAAUACACGUCGAUCGGCAGCCACCACGUCCGCAUCUUUCCUCACACCAGUCGAAACCACCUCCACCGCAGCAUCCAUCUCACCUCUUGGCUACGAUUUCCCUAGCGCACUUGUACCUGAUGUUGACGCCAUUGACCGAACCAACCUCGAUGCGGCCAUUUCCUCGCUUACCGCCAACAUCGCCGGCCUUUCAUCCGGCUUAUCCAGCUUGGACAAGCGAACGGAAGAAGGACACAUUGCAGCUGUGAAAGCAGGAUUCGAUGCGGGAAGGGUAACGGAAGAAGUGGCGAGUUUGAGACAUGGGUUGCACGCCGUGAGGAUGCAGAUUCACCAGAUACUGAUGACGCAACAGCGACAUGUGCUGUUCGCGAGUCCGACGGGCACGAUGGCGAAUCUCACGACAGGGGUUGGCGGUGCUACGGCGAGUGGAGCAAAUGAGACUUUAGCUGGUCCGAGUCAUCUGGUGGGAGGGGGACUGCCAAUGCUCACACCUCCGUUGCUGAGGCGGUGGGCUGGGUUAGAACACACAAAGCUCUGA